AUGGCCGAUAUCAAGUCAGAUUCCAUGGAGGCAGACACCUACUCGCAGAGAGUACGCCAACUGUCUGGUUCAUUCCUCUCCUUUAUCAGUGAGGCCGGUAGAAUCUUCACAGGCAGAACAGCUGAUAGUCACAAAGCAGCCGUAACUGAAGAAGCAAAAUUAGAAGGCGAUGCAGUUGAUAAGUUUCCAAUUAUUGUGGUGAACAAAGCAACCAGGAGUGAGCCGGAAAACGUACAAAUAAGUGUAGAGGACAAAGUAGGAAUGAUGGUGAUCUAUGAAGAUAGUGUUGCUGAGGACAAAUCACAAAGUGAUCUAGCGGAGAAAUCACAUAGUGAUCUAGCUGACAAAUCACAUUAUGAUAAAGCGAGCCAAUUAGACACUGAUCUAGCGAGCCAAUUACCUAGUGAUCUAGCUAAUAAAUUAGAUAGCGAUCUAGCAGACAAAUUACCAGGUCAUCUAGCGAAAAAAUCACGUGUUCUAGUGGCCAAACUGAGAAGUGAUGAAGGGGACAAAGCACACAGUGAUGUAACAGGCAGCUCACAGGCAGGCAGUGAACCACGAAACACAAAAUUAUGA